UGAACGAAAACCUUCUUAUCCUCAAAUAGUAUCUCUCUCUCUUGUAAAAUUAGAAGUUUUCAGUCCAACCCAAAUCAUGAUUUUCUUGAUUACUUCUCUUUAAGAUUGUCUUCUAUUUCAUAUUCUUGAUUUGAAUUUAUCUUGUUCGUAUUAUUCAAAAGAAAUUAAAGGAGAAAUAAGAAAUGUCAAGUUUAGCCGCAAAUUCUCAAGUUUUAUACAGAAACCAGUUAUGGAGCAGCAACAGUGGUAUGUUAUUGUUGGAACAAAGAAAUUUUAUCAGUUUUGGAAGCUUUAAUGAUAAUAACAAGAAGAUUACAAAGCGAAGGGAGACAGUGAGAGUUGAAGCUUUCUGGGCAGAUACGACGAGACCCGCUUCUAUUGAAAUGGAGCCCAUUAAUGAUUCGGAUCAGCUCGAUCAGAUUCUUCUCAAUGCUCAACAGAUUUCUCACCCCAUUCUCAUCGACUGGAUGGCUUCUUGGUGCCGGAAAUGUAUUUUUUUGAAGCCAAAGUUGGAGAAAUUAGCUGCUGAAUUUGAUACCAAGGUGAAGUUUUACAGUGUGGAUGUGAACAAGGUACCUCAGUCUCUAGUCAAGCGUGGAAACAUAUCGAAAAUGCCAACAAUGCAGCUAUGGAAAGAUGGAGAGAUGAAAGAAGAAGUAAUUGGAGGGCAUAAGGCUUGGCUUGUCAUUGAAGAAGUCAGAGCAAUGAUUCAAAAACAUAUAUGAUCUUUUUUCAUCUUCUUAAAUGUAAUUCAUAGUCCAUACAUAUAUCCAACUUUUAAAAAAAAAUUAGAAUCUAAUGUAUAUUUUACAUAUGAUACACAUACUUGAUCUA